ACCGCAAGCUCCACCAGCCAGCACGACGUCUUGCUGUAUCGUCAAACACCGCCAUCUCACCCCGCCCCAAACACUCGACUCUCCAACUCCAAACUCCAAAACUCUCGCACCUGACCUUGGCUCCCUUCCGACACUGCCGCUCCCAUCAUGGCCACCGUCAAUUGGCGCACCAUCAACAUUGAUGCCCUAGACCCGGAUAGCCCCGCCAACUUUGACCUGAGCUCCCUCGUCCCUGCUGUCGCACCCGUGUCGACAGCUGACGUGCAGAACAAUGCGCAGCAGAUACGGCAGCUGCUGCGGGGCGGAGACAAUGAGGGCGCUCUGCAAAGCGCAUUGGAAAACCCACCAUAUGGGGCCGACGACAAGGGAAAGGAGACUCACCUUGCCGUCGUCAUUGAGAUUCUGCAGUCGAUAAGACAAUCGGACAUGUCACCAAUCCUCAGUCGGAUAUACAGCUCGCCUAGCGGAACUGAGGCGCUGGACGUCUUGAUGAAGUACAUCUACAAAGGCAUGGCCCAAUCGACGCCAGUGGCCACGACGCGCAACAUCACACCUCAGCCCACGGGUUUCUCCCAGAUCCACGCCCGUGGCGGUGGCGAGGGUGGCGGCCAGGCCAUGAGCGUAUUGCUCAGUUGGCAUGAAAAGCUUGUGGAUAUUGCUGGCCCUGGCUCGAUUGUUAGGGUCAUGGCUGAUCGGCGUACGGUCUGAACUGGUGGUCCCACGACGGCACCUUUUAUGAUGUGCUCCAACAAGACAAGCUCGAGCGACUAAACUCGAGCCUAGUCGACGCAACAGCCCUCGUUGACAGGGAGACGCUCUCGGCUUGGUCAAGAGCAAGAUCAAAAUGCGAACUGUUCGACAUGGCAUGGCAUGCCGUGCUCUCUCCAAUGCUCUUCGCCAUGUCGCCAUAUGCACCCUGUAUGAGCCUGAAGUGACAGUGCACAAAGUUGGAGUCGACAUAUUGAGAUGAUGAUGAUAAUUACAAUAAUAAUUGUCAGGCACCAUUUGUGUUUGGCAAGUC